CAAAUAUGAGUGGGAAAAGGAAAAUAAAAUUGCGUAGGUAUAAAUAUACUGCUUUCGAUACGACAUUGCAAUAUGAUAUUCAAUUUGCACUCGUCGCUUCCCAAAGCUAAAACCUAGCAUCCGAUCAGAUCAAUUUGUAACCUAAUCCUUACAAUUACUGAAGAAAGCAAAGGUUUUGGGUCUGAAAGCCAAUACGCCUCGGACCAAAACCACCAUGGCUUCGAAGAAAGUUGACCGCAACCCCCUCAGCGGCGAUGGUGCUUGCCCUGGAAAGAUCUUCAUUGGAGGCUUGGCAAAAGAAACUAAUUUAGAGACAUUCGUCAAGUAUUUUGAAAAGUACGGGGAGAUAACAGACUCUGUGAUCAUGAAAGAUCGGCAUACGGGUCGACCCAGGGGAUUCGGGUUCAUCACCUAUGCGGAUCCUUCUGUUGUCGACCAGGUUAUUCAAGAGACCCAUGUCAUCAAUGGCAAACAGGUUGAGAUCAAAAGAACCAUUCCAAAAGGUGCUUCACAAGCUAAUGACUUCAAAACGAAGAAAAUUUUUGUUGGAGGGAUUUCAACCACAGUAACUGAAGAUGAGUUCAAGAGUUUCUUCUCAAAGUAUGGAAAGGUGGUAGAACAUGAGAUCAUACGUGAUCAUGCAACCAAACGAUCUCGAGGCUUUGGAUUUAUUGUAUUUGACAGUGAAAAAGUAGUUGAUAGUUUGCUCGCAAAUGGGAAUAUGGUUGAUAUGGCUGGUAGUCAGGUUGAGAUCAAGAAAGCUGAACCAAAGAAGGCCUCAAACCCAGCACCUGUUCCUGCAUACGGUAGUGACUCUAGGGUACGUCCAUACAAUGAUAGUUUCGGUGGUUAUGGAGACUCCUAUAGUGGUUUUGGCAGUGGCGCUUUUGGCCCUGCACCGUAUAGGUCACUUGGAGGUUUUGGCAGUAGGCUUGAUUAUGGUGUUUAUGGUAAUGAUAAUGAUUUUGGAGGUGGUUUUGGAGGUUUUGGUAGUGGUGGUGGUUUUUCUGGUUAUCGAGGAGAAUCAUCAUUUGGCUAUUCUAGUCGCUUUGGUUCCUAUGGGGGAGGGCUUGGUGGGGGUUAUGGUGGCAGUGGCUUAGGCACAUAUGGGCGUGGAAGUGGGGGCUAUGGAAGUUAUGUUGGUUCGGGCUCUGGCGGUGAUUAUGAUUCUGGCCCUGGUCCUAGUUAUGGUGGGCCAAGCAUGUAUGGUGGUAGAACAGGUUACGGUGGCAGUAGUCGCUACCAUCCUUAUGCAAGGUAGAUAUUAAGCUGUCCUAUAGAAGUUGCAUGCAGGUUUCCCAAUCAUCAGGUCUAUUAUCUUGCCUAGUUCCACUGACACUAGGCACUCCUGCAAGUGGGCACAAUCUAGAAGAUCAGAUGAACCAUUAGUUUGCCUGGAUUCACUCUACGUGUUAGAUAAUCGAAGUUAGAUCAAGCAUCAACUUAGAGCUUUUGGUCAUCUGUUUGACAUGCAGUUCUAGAUAGCCUUCUAUAUUUUGUUUCAUAUUAGUGCUUGUCAUUUAUUGAAGUUAGAUACUUGAAUUGUUAUAUUAUUAAGUUAGAUGCUUAAAUAGUUUAGAUUCUGUUUAGAUUGUAAGUGGCAUAUUACUUUUGUUUAUACCAUUUUAAUAUAGCACACUUCAGGAUUACAGUUGA